AACUUAUUAGAUGAAACCAUAUUAUAGAUGAAACCAUGUACCCAGAGAUUUAUUAUUUUCCUUCUAAUCCUUCAAACCAACCUAUCCAUUCAGAAUCAAAUACAACAGAUCUUGGAGAGUAUAAAUGGGAAGGGACAUUUUCUGGAAUCAACGAUGGACAAACUGCUUGAAACAAGAAAAACUUUAGAUGCAGACAUGGGAACAGCUGAACGAAGCGCUGUACGAAUAGGAUUGUGUAACUCAGACUCCUGUGACUGUUUUUCAGGUGUACUCUUCUGCACGUGCUCUCUGUCAAAACCGGUUCUUCAGCUGAGUUCACAAAUCUUCGGGAACUUUCUACCAUCCAUAGACACGAUUCAGCUUUCAGACUGCAAAGAAGUAGUAGUUGAAUAUAUUCCUCAGUUUACUGAACAACUAAGGAGAAUAAUAAUCUUGAACACAACCUCUGUGAAAUUAAAUCAGGGUUCUCUCUCUUUCUCUGGUUCGGGAGAAAGGUUGGUUUUCCUAGGACGCAUCUCCGCACUAUACUUAGCUCCAGGUUCUCUGGGUAAGGGAAUAACAGACCUAUAUAUUGUCUCUACUGGAAUACCAAAAGUCGAAGAAAAAACAUUUUCAGAUUUAUCCGAUCUGGAGGUGCUCGAUUUAGAAAACGUGGUGUUUCCGUUGUUCAAUGAAAGGCUCUUCAACAAGACAUUUCACAACGUGUUCCCCCAGACAUCAACCUUGAAGCUGCUGAGGGUCGUGAACAGUCACCUGGGCAUAAUCUACGGAACCUUCAUCAAGUGUUUCGCAGAGACAAUCAUUAUUGAAAAUACAAGGAUGAGUCUUGAAUCUGACAAUGCAUUUGAUCUUGAGGGAGUUUUUGUCAGUUUAAUUGGGAACCAGAUCGUAGGAAAGGUGAGGGAAUCCCUGAAGGUUGUAACAAGAACCAGUUUACUCCUCCAGAACAAUAUCAUAGAGGACAACUAUAUUAAUACUAUCAGUCUGAUUUUUCCGCAGGAAGAAAUAGAAAGGGUUGUGAUCAGGGAGAGUAGACUUACUCAGGGUACAUCAAACUACAUAAACCUAAACUCCAGUUAUCUAGAGAUAUCCGAUUCUGUUCUACAUCUAGUCGAUGCAAACAUGAUCAGAGCUGUUGUUAAUGUAUUCAAAUUCAGGGACAACGUAAUCAAAAGCUUUGAAACAGACACCUUGAAUUUAAGUGCAAGGAAAACAAUUGAGAUUUCAAACAACUUUUUUGAACACAUCCAGCCUGGAUCCCUGAACAACCUGAAGCUCCUCCCCCAGACCAACAUGGUGAACCCCGCCUUCACCCUCGCCAACAACACCUUCGAGAGCAUGGAGGACGGGUUCAUGAAGCUCGAUAUAUCUGUUUUAAUGAACUUGAAUAGUACUAUGUCAGAUUUGUACUUUAAUACAGAUUGUUCCUGUACUCUAGUGUCGGACGCUGUGCAUAGUAAGAUAUUGAGUUUAGAGAGUUCAAUGCCGCGAAGAAGAUCGAAGAAGUAUUCCAGUGUAGAUGUUAAAGAAGCCUUAGACCGGCUCAAGAAGCUUCUAGAACCUGCAAUACUUUGCAAUGAUCCUGAUGGUGGUAUAGUAAACCUGGAGAUGAGUGGGAUUUGUAAACCUGAUUAUCUUGCAAUUAUUAUAGGGGUCGUCUUUGCUAUUCUCAGUGUUGUAGUUCUAGGAUGGGGUCUAGUCUGUGUUAAUGAUAAACUUAAGGAAAGAGCAUUGAAACAAUUUAUUAUUCCUCUCUCUCCAUCUAAAGAAGGAGAGUUUGAACUUCAAACUGCUGAAAGCUUUAAAUGUUCUCUACCUGACCUGAUCAGAUCAAUGACCUUGGACAGGGAACAAUCUGAAUAUGAUCAUGUUUCAGGGAACAAUCAGAAUAUGAUGAUGUUUCAGGGAACAAUCAGAAUAUGAUCAUGUUUCAGGGAACAAUCAGAAUAUGAUCAUGUUUCAGGGAACAAUCAGAAUAUGAUCAUGUUUCAGGGAACAAUCAGAAUAUGAUCAUGUUUCAGGGAACAAUCAGAAUAUGAUCAUGUUUCAGGGAACAAUCUGAAUAUGAUCAUGUUUCAGGGAACAAUCUGAAUAUGAUCAUGUUUCAGGGAACAAUCAGAAUAUGAUGAUGUUUCAGGGAACAAUCAGAAUAUGAUCAUGUUUCAGGGAACAAUCAGAAUAUGAUCAUGUUUCAGGGAACAAUCUGAAUAUGAUCAUGUUUCAGGGAACAAUCAGAAUAUGAUCAUGUUUCAGGGAACAAUCAGAAUAUGAUCAUGUUUCAGGGAACAAUCUGAAUAUGAUCAUGUUUCAGGGAACAAUCUGAAUAUGAUCAUGUUUCAGGGAACAAUCUGAAUAUGAUCAUG